CGUCGUUGUCGAGUGAGUCGCCGAAUCUCACUUGACGUUCGCGUUUUACACUCGGUAAUCAACAAUCUCGCCAUUUGCUAACCAACUCGUUUCAAACUAUGCGUUCGUCGUACACGAUAGGCCGGUUGUGUUUGUGAACAGUUACGUUUCUUUGUCCGCGAAGGUUUUGUUCGUUCUAUUUGUGUCUGCGGAAUGCUCACUCCCGGCGUCUGCUGUUAGCUCUCGUCCUGUCUCUAGUCUGUGACCGCGGCAUGUGAACGUGUUGUCAGUUUCUCGGUAGUGUAGUGUUUUGUUUAUGUUGUGAUCAUGUCUCGCGUGUUUUCCGCUGUUCGUGUUGUGUUGUUUGUGUGUUUGUUGGAAGAGUUUGGCGUCUGGGCUCAACUGAAAGAUGGUGCGGAGUAUGGUAACCAUUGGGCCACCUACUACGAACAGCCUUGCUGUGCGACCAAACGACACGUUCGACAUCAUAAAGAUCAUGUACGCGAGUUUACGUGUGGCAAGAUGUACUACCGCACACUCUAUCUGGACGAGAAGAGAGAUGCUCUCUACGUCGGCGCCAUGGACCGAGUCUACAAGCUGAAUCUGAGCAACAUCAACCAAUCCAACUGUGAAAGAGAUUCCCUGACGUUAGAACCGAGCAGUGUGGCAAGCUGUGUGUCCAAAGGGAAGUCUGAACAUUUUGAGUGCAGAAAUCACAUCAGAGUGAUACAGCCAGUUGGAGAUGGAGCGAGAAUAUACGUUUGCGGAACGAAUGCUCACAAUCCAAAAGACUGGGUCAUAUAUUCCAACCUGACGCACCUCCACCGCAGCGAAUACGUCCCUGGCGUAGGCAACGGCAUCGCCAAGUGUCCGUACGACCCCAGCGACAACUCCACAGCUGUGUGGGUAGAGAGAGGCAACCCUGGGGAACUCCCCGCGCUGUACUCCGGCACCAACGCAGAGUUUACCAAGGCAGACGCUGUCAUCUUCCGGACGGACCUGCACAAUCUGACCACCGGCCGCAAGGAGUUCAGCUACAAGCGGACUCUGAAGUACGACUCCAAGUGGCUUGACAAGCCGCAGUUUGUCGGAUCAUACGACAUCGGCCAGUACGUGUUCUUCUUCUUCCGAGAGACGGCUGUGGAAUACAUCAAUUGUGGCAAGAACGUGUACUCUCGAGUGGCAAGGGUCUGCAAACGGGACACCGGUGGCAAAAACAUCCUCAACCAAAACUGGGCGACCUAUCUCAAAGCGAGGCUUAACUGCUCCAUUCCCGGCGAGUUCCCUUUUUACUUCAAUGAAAUACAGAGCAUCUACAAGGUGCCAGGAGAUGACACCAAGUUCUACGCAGUCUUCACCACCUCCACGACAGGUCUGAUGGGGUCUGCCAUCUGCUCCUUCUCUCUGGACGACAUCCACCGUGUGUUCAAGGGCAAGUUCAAGGAGCAGGCUACCAGCAGCUCAGCCUGGCUGCCAGUCCUGAGCAACAGAGUGCCUGAGCCUAGACCUGGCGAGUGUGUCAAUGAUACCGAGACUCUGCCUGACACUGUUCUCAACUUCAUCCGCUCCCAUCCGCUGAUGGACUCAGCCGUUGCACAUAAGGACGACAAGCCAGUGUUCUACAAGAGAGAUCUACUGUUCACUCAUCUGGUUGUAGACAAACUCAAGUACGACGUGUUCGGAGACCAGAUGGAGUACACGGUCUACUACGCCGGCACCAACCAAGGCAGAGUCUACAAGAUCGUCCAGUGGUACGAUGAUGAAGGAGAAGCCUCGUCAGUGUUGUUGGAUGUGUUCGAUGUGACUCCCAAUGAACCAAUCAGAGCCAUGGAGAUAUCUAGGACGCCCAAGUCGCUGAUUGUAGCGUCGGAUGAACGUAUCCGUCAGAUAGACCUGGUCAUGUGUAAUCGCAGAUAUGACAACUGUCUACGCUGUGUACACGACCCUUACUGUGGCUGGGACAAGGACAGCAAUACCUGUAGACCAUACAUGACUGGGCUGCUGCAAGAUGUUACAAACAGCACUGCUAGUGUGUGUGAGAGUUCAGUGAUCAAGAAGAAGUUGUCUGUGACGUGGGGUCAGAGUGUACAUCUCAGCUGCUUUGUCAAGAUGCCACAAGUCCUCAGCUCUCAGACUGUCACCUGGUACCACUACAGCAAGGAGAAGGGCAGAUACCAGAUCAUCUACAGAGGUGACAAGUACAUCGAGACGUGUGAGCGUGGCCUGGUGAUUGUGACAGUCAACGAGGCAGACUCCGGUCGCUACGACUGCUGGCUCGGUGGCUCUCUGUUGUGUUCCUACAACAUCACCGUUGACACUCAUCGCUGUUCCCCUCCUGGCAAGUCACACGACUAUCACAAGAUAUACUCUGACUGGUGUCACGAGUUUGAGAAGUACAAGUACGCCAUGAAGACUUGGGAGCGCAAACAGGCGCAAUGCAGUACUCGCCAGAAUGACAGCAACCAGAACACACAUCCCAACGAGAUCUACAGAAGUCCACUCGUCUAGGUUGCCAUGUGUAUUUAGGUCAUUUCAGUUUGAGCUCUAGUUUUUAUCAAAGUGUUAGUGUUUAUUGUAGACUAGGGUGCUCUAUGGUUUUUAUUCCUAGCAUUAUUUUCUUUAGGUUAGUUGUGUAUAAUAUUUUUAUACUCAUUUUUAGACUCUUUCAAUGUGACCCGAUGAGUUAAAUAUUUACAAAAACUCUGGGACACUUAUUGUAGGAUUUGUCUAGUUUUAACUCAUUAUUUAUUACUUUGCAAGACUGUAAACGUUUUAGUGUAAGUUUUAUGUAUUUGUGUAUCCCUGUGUUUGUCUGUUUUUUUAGUAACUUGAUUUUGAAUAUUUUCUUAAUUAGAUGAUUUUACAUUUUCAAACUAGGGCUCAAAUAUAAAAACACGUCAGAAAUCAGUGUUAAUUACUGUAAAAAUAAUGUAAAAAUAUCUUUUGAAGUGUAUUCAUUUUUAAUACGCCCCUUAAAGCUGAUCUUGGCAAGAUAAAUAUUUUCUUUGGGUCUGUGAUACGGUAUAAAUAACUCUGUGUAAAUUAGAUUUGUUUGGGGUUAGAUUAGCUGGAUUCUCAGUGUUUCCUUUGCAAGUUGCUUAAAAGUGUACAAAAAUUGGUCUUAAUAACAUAACGUAAUCCAAAGUCUUAAACUUAAGGAGUGUUUUAGCCUGUUAAAAACGUAAUUCAGAAACAUUUAUGUCGUAAAUAAAUUCCAUAACAAUUCAUUCAGAUUUACUGUAUAUAAAUCAAACAACUUGACUUGCAAAGCAAACGCAGAGAAGUAAAUUACUAUCGAGUUAAACGAAUAUUGUAGUCUUUUCAUGCUUUUUAUUUUUGAAGGGGAUUAGUAUUAACGAGCUUUGCUAAAAUAGUGUGCGUUUGAAACGAUCCCAGUGUACAUCACAAAGAAAUGCUCAUUUGAGUCAGUUAAUUAAAAAUUUUUUGCUGUAUAUAUCUUCAUCUAAUAAUUUCCUAUGAAUCUAGCAAGGACAAAAUAUCAUUGCUAUAGGACGUUACUGUUUCAUUUGUAUAGUUUGAAAACCAAUGAAGAUUUUAUAUAAUGUCAAAUGUCUAAAUUCUCAUACAUAAUGUUUCACCUCAGAUUAUCAAUCUGUAAAAGAAACCGAAGGUUUAGCUCUCUCCUAAUUUUCCAACGAGUAGUCUAAUACUUAACAUGUUAACUCUGGUGGUAGUUCACUUCUGUACCGUUAGGUUUUUUUCACAUCAGAAUGGUUCAGUGAAGUAGAUUAUUUUCUGAAGUAGUUAACACGCCAUUCUGGAUCCUAGAUAGUAUUUUUUUUACGUUUAAAACUCAGGUACAGAAGUAAGCAUUGUGAUUCUGAUUCUCCUAAGAUGUUCUGAUGGUGCUGGCAAUAAAAGAAUGUGCAUAUUUAUAACAAUAGAACUGAAUCUCUCUAUCUUCUUUGCUCUCUAUCUUACCCUCUAAUUGUAUCUUUUCCUGACAAAUGCUUACUCAUUGUCAUAUUUGUGUGGUGUGGAUAUUUGACACUUUGAUAGCUUUAUUUUUAUGGUUUGAACCCUCGGAAUAAUAAUAUUUUGACAAAGAUGGUAAACAAAUGAGCGAAACUAUAAAGUCGAACCAACCAAAAUACUCCAACCAUUAAAUGUUGUUUCUUAUGAUAAGUUGCUCAAACCUAAUUUCUCUGUUGCGCUGUACUAGGGCAAUAUGUGAUUGUAACCUAUUAUGUUUGAUUAUUGCCACAUACUGUUUAGGUAGCUCCUCAGUUUGAGAGAAAUAUUUUUGUAAGCAGGCUCUAUGUUGGUUGCUGCAUAGAUUGUAUCGUUUUGGAUUCGAUUCACUGCCACAAUAGAAUGGUUCCUCAAGUACAUACUCAUUUUACUUAUAUAUUAUAAUACCCGUUCAGCUACAAAUUGUCUUCGGAUAAGAAGUUUACUAGCUUGUACUGGAGUGUCGAUCGUCCGGUUUUGAUAAAGAAUAUUUUUAGUUUUAAUGAUAAUGCUUCAACUGUGCUAGGCUUUUUUAUACGGCACGGUUAAUUAGUAUUAUAUUUAAUAUUGUAUAUAUGAGUAAAAAUAAUGUGAAUUAUAAUUAAUUUUUAUGGAAAUUAA